CUAUAUAUAGAGCGGUCAGGGGGCCUGGAGUGGGCCACUGUUGCUACAACAUGGCAGAGGUUACUGACGAAGUGGAGGGGUCUGACCUAGAUGCAGAUGCAGAAACAGAAGUCCCUGCUGUCGUCGAGAGCGAGAGUACCCCUUGUCAAUCCGAGGGCAAAGAAAGUGAGAAGGGGAGGAAGAUACUAAAGAAGGUUAAAUCAGCCCUUCAACAGAAUGCGGAAAAGCGUAAGAGGAAAACGUCAACGAUACUAGUCUGGUACUACAGGCAGGGUAAAAGAAAGAAUGAAAACAAGCCAGAGACGGAUCAAGAAAGCCUUUCUCCUACUUCAAGCAAUUCGUACCAGGGGUCAGAGAUCUUGAAGUAGCUGUUAUCUCUCCCGAAGAAGUGCAGGAGAGCGGGCUGCUCAGGGAGAGAUCAGAUCUUACCUGAAUGGUCACAUGUGUGGAGACCAAAUAAAGUACGGGGGUGUUGAUGAAUAAAACACCAACCAGUUGCAAAAAGGA